AUGUCGGAUUCUGUAGAAGAGAGCAACAUUGAUCAUUCUGCUGAUCAAACUAACAAGAAAUCUCGUGCACCUCCAAACACCUCGUUUCGUCAGCAGAGAAUCAAAUCAUGGCAGCCUUUACUAACUCCAAAAACGGUCCUUCCUUUGUUUUUCAUUUUGGGUAUCAUUUUUGGUCCAUUAGGAGGCGGCCUAUUAUAUGCGAGUUCUACCGUACAGGAAUUAGUCGUUGAUUAUACCGAUUGUGAGAAGAUGGCUAAUUAUGAUAAUUUUACAGAGAUACCUUCGAAAAAGUAUAAAGCAGCUUUUGACUAUUCCUUAAAAGCAAAAAAUUCAACACCGUCAUGGAAAUUAUCUAACACGCACGACGACGAUUUGGAUCUGGAUAUUAAGGUCUGCAACGUUCGUUUUACUGUUCCAUCUGUGAUGAAAGCACCAAUUUUUCUUUAUUACCGCUUAACCAAUUUUUAUCAAAAUCAUCGCCGUUAUGCCAAGAGCUUGGAUGAAAAACAAAUUCGUGGUUAUGCUCAGAAUAAAAAUGAUGUGAAAUCUUCUGGGUGCUAUCCGUUAGAGGCGAAUGAAGAGGGAAAACCAUACUAUCCUUGUGGCUUGAUUGCCAAUUCAUUAUUUAACGACUCUUUUUCAAUGUUAAAUCCCAUUGUUAACGAUGAAAAAUCAUCAAAAGCUUAUCAACUUAGCUCAAAGAACAUCGCUUGGGCUUCUGAUGCCAGCCGUUUUAAAAAAACGAAAUACAGCCCCAGCGAAGUUGUGCCUCCUCCAAACUGGGUUUUGAGAUACCCUAAUGGAUAUACAGAAGAUAAUAUGCCUGAUUUAUCUACUAUGGAGGAGUUACAAGUAUGGAUGAGAACCGCUGGAUUACCGACAUUUAGCAAACUCGCGAGACGCAACGACAAAGAUCAAUUACUUCCUGGAACUUACGAACUUAGUAUCGGGCUCCAUUUUCCUGUCAAAGAAUACGAUGGAACCAAGUCUAUAGUACUUACCACUCGCUCUGUUUUAGGUGGUAAGAAUCCUUUUCUCGGAAUUGCCUACAUUGUGGUGAGCGUUGUAAGCGUUGUUUUGGGUACAUUAUUUACAUUACGACACUUCAUCAGACCUAGAAAAUUGGCAGAUCAUCGCUAUUUGAACUGGGACUCUGAAGACAAUAACAUUGCUCCUCGCUUGGGUGGACUCUAA